UCAGCGCUAAUAGAUACCUUUUCUCUUUAAUGUUAGAUAUAUAAUUGUAUAAUUUGUAGACAUGCAGAGAGCCGCGAAGUGUGCUUUGAGACGGGACCUUAGUCGUGCUUUCUGUCCGUCAAGCGUCAGGAACUGUCGUGCAGUAAAGAGAGUAAAUAGCUCAGUGUUAUGCAGAAGAUACAGCGUCCUUCCUCCACCACGUGACGAAGAGGAGAAAGCCAUGCUGGACAGUAUGUUGAGGGUUGAUCAUGCAGGAGAGUACGGAGCCAAUCGCAUCUACGCUGGGCAGAUGGCAGUUCUCGGUAGAACUCAGACAGGGCCUCUAAUCCAGUAUAUGUGGGACCAAGAGAAAAUGCAUUUGGAAAGGUUUAAUGAGAUCCUGGGUGAGCAUCGGGUUCGACCAACAUUAUUGUUGCCAUUAUGGAAUAUCGCUGGAUUUGCAUUAGGGGCCUGUACUGCUCUUCUGGGUAAGGAAGGGUCCAUGGCCUGCACUGUUGCAGUAGAGGACAGCAUCUCAGAGCACUACAACAGCCAAAUCCGAACACUAAUAGAGGCUGACCCAGAGAGAUACACAGAAUUACUACAGCUUAUUAAAGAAUUUCGUGAUGAUGAAAUAGAACAUCAUGACACGGGAUUAGAGCAUGAUGCAGAGUCGGUACCAGGAUAUUUGAUUUUGAAAACAGUAAUACAGGUUGGCUGUAAAGCUGCUAUCUAUAUUUCGCAGCGUAUUUAGUGUCAUUUUAACAAUGCAUGACGUGUAAAUAUUGUUUUGUUUCUGUCAAUCUUGUACAGUAAGUAGUUGAUUUAAGGAGAGCACAUUUUGAAAGAGGUUAGGGUCAGUUUAUGUAAACUUUUGACAUCUACAACAUUUGAAACAAUUUUCUAAUUGUCUCACAAAGCUGUUUAUUUGCUCCAAUUAACAGUGUUCACAAAAUCAUUGUUUUGUUUUAUUUUGAGCUGAGAGGACACCAUUAACAGAUGGGCUAUAAAAGAAACCAUAGUGGCUUAAAAUAAACCAUGACAUCAUCACAGACAAAAGUUCAUAUAUUGAUAAUAAAU